AUGAUCCCUUGGUCCUCACGAGCGCGUAGGAAUUCGGGGAUCUCAAUUCGUAUAACUUUUGGACCCCGAAUGGAUCUCGCCUACUGUGCGAUUUUCGAGUUCAAUAUGUUUGAGCCGUUGGAUCGUAGUCAUUUUCAGGUUGCAGCCUGGAUAGAAGCGGUAUCUCCAAGGCCUAAGAGGAUUGCGGCUCGGCUUGUGAGGAAGGAAUUGACAGUAUUAUUGGAGUUGCCGGAUCAGGACUAG